AUGGCAUCACGGCAAUUUGAAGAUGCCUUUAAAAAUACUCCAAGUAGAUUUAUACCUCAUAGACCUAAAUUUGUUAGUAAUAGUGGAUAUAAUAACUAUCAGGAACAACAUUAUGGUAUAAGUAAUAAUGAUAAUGAUAGAAGAUAUUAUAAUAGAUCAUCACCUUACAAUGAUCAUCGUAUAAAUGAAGAAUAUCAACAACAACCAUUACCACAACAACAACAAUUUCGUAGGAUAGUAGUAUCUUCUAAUAAUCAACAAACAUAUACUGAAAUUAAUGAUAGAAAACGACCAAGAAUGGAAUAUUAUCAAAGAGAUAAUGAAUAUCAACCACCACCACAACCAAUUCAAAGAAAUUAUCAAAUUAAAAGACCAUGUAUUGAUGAUAGAAUACAUAAUUCAACAACAACAACAACAACAAAUACCUUGAGUCAAAAUAUUAAACCACCAGUUGUUUUAAGGCCUAUAACACGUGUUAAUAAAUCACAAUAUCAACCUCACAAAGUUAUUCAAAGAUUUGUUGAUCGUCAUCCCAAUACAAUUAUUAUGAGAGGUCCCAAUAUACUUUAUAAUAGUAAUGGAAGUGGAAAUCAUCAACAAUCAGUAGUAAAACCAAGAAAUUUAAAAGAAGAUUGUUAUGUUAAUAAAUUAAAAUUGAUUAGGAAAAAUUGUAGAAAUAUGAUUUUUACAAAUGCAGCUAUGGUUGAUGAAAUCUCAAGAGUUAACUUUGCUAUUCAAACAGCAACUGAAGAAGUACAGAUGAUAGCAAAAAAAGUUCAACAUAUGGAAAGAAAUAAAUUGAGAAGAUAUCAGCAAUUAUUAAAAAGAGAAGCGUUAUCAGAGUGUAAAGAAAGAGUAGAUGAUGAUAAAUUAAUACCUAAUCAUAAUAUUAAUAUAUUUUAUAAUACUAAGAUAGAUAAUAAUGAUAAACAAGAGAUCUCUGAAAUUGUGGAAAAUGAUAAAACGUAUCCUAGUGAUAUAAUUCACGAUGAUAGAGAACAUUAUGAUUGUCAUGAGGACAAAUCAAAUGAACCAUUUUCAAAUUAUGAUAUUGAUCAUGAUUUGUUACUUAAUAACAAUCAAUUAAUGGUAGAAAAUGAUUAUUAUCAAAACUCAUUUAGUCAAUAUAACAAUGAACAUAGCAUAAUAUUAUAA